UCUCUGCCGUCCGCCGGUCGCCUCUGGCCACGGCCUCGCCGCCUAGGACCUCUCCAUCCAAGCGCUGCGACCUGCAAGAGCCAAGCAGGCAGCACAGCAGCAGUGCCCCCAAGCCCUCGCCCCGCCCCGUCUCCUUCGAUCGACAGCCCGCCGCCCUCACCUAGCCUUUCCCGGAUCCGCCUCCUUCGGCCUCGAUACCUCCGCCUGACGACUGCGUAGCAGCAGCAGUUUCCAACGCCCAAGUUCCCAACGAAAGUCACUGUGUUCAACUCUCCUCUUCUCAGAUACUGCAUGGCUGCACACGUCGCCACCUCCGCUGCCAAGCGCUGCCUUCCGAUGCUUCCUUCUCUCUAUGGCCAACAUGUUCGAUCUAGCAAUUGUUUCAUGGGCCCCAGAAUCGGAACCCUAAUUCAACAGACCAGCAGAGAGUGGGAAAGUAGGAAGGGGGGUUCGACUAGAAUCUAUGGUGCCACGCCUUAUUGGAAAAAGCUUGUGCGGCUAGGUAAUGAGGCAAUUGUUCCCUGCAUAUCCGAGACAAAACAUACUUCUUCCUAUGGACUCUCGGAUCACUUGUUUCCCUACUCUAUGCCUAAGCCUUACAUUUACAUCGUCUACCCUGAUGAACAUAAAUAUAUGUAUUUUAGUGCACAUUCAGUUGAAGAGGAUGGGACCAUCUCUUCCUCACCAAAAUAUUACAUUUAUCCUCCCUCCUUUGAAGGAAACUUGUUUCUUCACUGGCAUAAGUUGUAAUGGUCUAUUACAUUUUCAAAAUGAGCAGUAUGAUGAUUUUCUUUGGAACCCAACAACCAAUGAGUUUAAGGCCCUCCCUAACUCCUCCUCCUGUGAUCACCAACAGCCUCGUGGUCUUCGUGUUACCAAUUAUAAGAUUGGUUGUGGAAUGUGGUCUGACAAUAGAUGUGCAGAUAAUUACAAAAUGUUGCACCUUGUUUUGGCUGAUACGGAAAAAGUUGAGGAAGAGGAAGAGGAAGAGAAUAGCAUUAGCAUUGAUUUGAGUUACCACAUUCACUUGUAUUCACUCAAAACUAAUUCCUGGAAGAUAAUACCAUGCUCAGAGUUUAGUUUACUUAGUGGACCUGGUGUUACCAUUAAUGGGGUUUAUUAUACUCUAGGAUAUUUAAUCGGAAAUGUAGAGAUUGGAGUUCUCCUUUCAUUUGACUUCUCUACCGAAACUCUUUCUAGUAUACCCAGGCCACCUAUCCAAAAGGGGUUAAGUAGUUCUAGUUUAACCGUACCUCCUAUCCAAAAGCUGUCAAGUUGUGCUCAUUUUUUAGAGUAUAAAGGCUUGUUUGGUUAUCUUGCAUGCUGGGAAGCUGAAAAUAAGAUACCUGUGAGAUUUGAACUUUGGGUUAUGAAGAACGGAUCAUGGACAAUGGAAUCUGUUUUCAAUACAUGUGGGGUUUCAAGGCCGUUACGGUUUUCGAGAAACGGUGAGCUAUUGUAUUUUUUAAGCGUGAAUAAUGAAGUGCUAGUGUUUGAUCGUGCCACUGGAAAGUUGAAUCAUCCCGAUAUCAAUUUUUGUUGGUCUAUAGCACAGCUAACUCCAUUUGUUGAGAGCUUUGUUCAACUGAAUGGAAUUUCACAUGCUGAGGCUGAGGAUCUGGAGAAAGAAGAAGAAGGAUACAUAAUUGAAGCAACUGAGGGACCAUUGAUGCAAGUGUAGUUUGAUAAUCUAGCUUGUUAUAUCUUCCCUAUUUAUUAGAUUCAUAGCGUAUUUUGAGAUAUGAUUAGCUUGUUAGCUUGGUAUCUUCCCUAAUUAUCCACUUUGCGUGGAUAUAAAUAUUAUACUAUUAGCGUAUUUUGAGAUGAUGGUGCAUACUGAGAGACCAUUGAUGCAAGUGUAGUUUGAUAAUUCUAGCUUGUUAUCUUCCCUAUUUAUUAGAUAUAUAUUAGCGUAUUUUGAGAUAUGAUUAGCUUGUUAGCUUGGUAUCUUCCCUAAUUAUCCACUUUGCUUGGAUAAAAAUAUUAUAUUAGCGUAUUUUGAGAUGAUGGUGACGGUAUGCUGAGAAUUUUCUGAUUGUAAUUUGUUGUU